ACACCCCAAGACCAAACUUGCCUCCUGCCACAGCCCGGAGGCCACAGUGAAUUGGGACCUCCAGGAAAUGCUUCUUGAUCCUGCCCUCUCUGAAUCUUCGGAUUCCUUAGAACUCAGGGCUCUGUCCAUCCCAGAACCCCUGACACAACUGUUCGGGGAGAUAUAGGUCUCCUACCUGUUUCCCCACCCCAUCCCACGUACUCGAGGCCCAGAGAAAGGACACUUGCCCUGGACCCACCUCUAAGCAUUGGCUCUCAGGGCUGAAGCUAGGCCCAGGGUGGCUUCAGGAUGCAGCUUGUCCCGUUUGGGCUUAGUCAAAGCCUGUGUCGGCUCCCAGUGUGCACCACACCGGGGAAGGUCUGUGGCUGGUAGAGUCACGCCCCCUCAGCUGCCAAAGAGAGGCAGACCCCUCCCUGGCCAUCCCCCCCGAGGCGGGCUUUUCUGGAUGGCGCGGGCGGGCGGGCAGGCUCUGGGCUAGGAGCUCAGCGGCUGGGCUGGUGGGGAAGCCCCGGGCUGCGCGACCAGAGUAGCACUCAGAGGGCCCAGGUGGUGCAGACCGCCAUGGAGCCACUGCCCCUGGGACGCAUGGCUGAGGUGAGUGGGGUCGAGGGAGGCCAGGAAAUAACCUGGAAUCUGACCUGCAUCCCGGGAGCCAAGCCUCUCCUGGAGGGUCACGGGGAGCGGCGUCUCAACUCCGACCUCCUUGAGGGCUGAGUUGCCUCCACCCGCGACCUAGUUAGAGGUUCAGGCGCGCCCUUCCGCUAAGAGGAAGCACACACUCCGAGGAAAGGGGUCUGGGGGCCUCCACCUCGCGGAAGGCCUGGUUGGGGACAGGGUGGUUCAGUCUCGAUGGGUGUUGGGGAAAUGGGCCAAGGGCUGUCAAGGGGCCAUUCUCUGCUGUUGAUAAGCUGGGUCUGUAGAGGGAGAAGGAAAUUGGUCCCCCUUCCAUGGCCCACCCCAUUCUGCCCAGGAGCCUGAGAAGUGAGCUACUCAGAAAGCAAUUCUGCUGGGCUCUGGAAUGGAGGAAGAGCCUGGGAGGGAGAGGUGGCCUCCUGGGGCAGCCACACGGGGGUCAGCAGCACGUGUUCCUCAGGCUCUCUUUCUGCUACUGCUGCUGCUGCCGCCGCCGCUGCCCGCUGGCCAGGGCCAGGGCAGCACUCCUGGCAGGUGUGACUGUGCCAGUGACCCACAGAAGAGGUUUUGUUGCAGGGGCUGCCCAAAAGGACACUACAUGAAGGCCUCCUGCACAGAGCCCUGUGGCGACUCCACCUGCCUUCCCUGCCCUCAGGGCACUUUCUUAACCUGGGGAAACCACUUUAGGACUGACUGCACCCGCUGCCAAGCCUGUGAUGAAGAGGGUAAGAGGCUGCCUAGGGCUCAGGGGACUCUGGUGGACAGGCCAUGGUCAGGGCCAUUCAGAGCUGGCUGGGGCCCAGUCUUUGGGCGUGGACUCCUGUGUUCAGUCCACUGCGGAGGAUCCACCAGGUAUUCUGCUCCAGUCUAUCCUUCUGCUCUCCCCUGUGGCCUUCCUGUUUCCACAUGCCUUGGCCUCUGGUCAACUCUGAGCUGCUCACGUCUGCCUGUGGGACAACCUUCUCUGGGAGGUUGUCCCUGCUUCUUUGUGGAGCCCAGUAGCCUUGACACAUCCGUGUUCCCACAUUCUUGCACCCCCCUUCCCCCCCCAGCUUUCCAAGUGACCCUGAAGAACUGUUCAGCAGUGUCGGACACCCAAUGUGGCUGCCAGUCAGGCCGGCUUCUUGUCUGCUCCACCGAGCCAUGUAGGGAAAGUUCACCCUUUUCUUGCCACCCAUGCUCAGAUUGUACGACUCCACCAACCCCUGGGGUUUCAGCAGACAUCCUGACGCCUACAGGACAGCCUGCUGUGGCUGGCAGUGGAGUAGUAUUUUGGGUCCAGGUGCUUCUGGGGGCCACAUUCCUGCUCGGGGCCACCCUGAUCUGUGCGUAUUGCCGAUGCCAGCCUUGCAGGCCUGUGGUUCCUGCAGACGCAGCUGGGAUGGAGACCCUGACCCCACCACAGACUACCCAUCUUUCAGCCUCAGACAGCGCCCACAGCCUCCUGGCACCCCAAGACAGUACUGGGAAAGUCUGUACCACUGUCCAGUUGGUAGGCAACAGCUGGAUCCCUGGUUUAUCCCAGACUCAGGAGAUGGCCUACAGCCAGGCUCCCCAGCCCUGGAAUCAGCUGCCAAACAGAACUCUUGGCCUUCCUCUGGCACCUCCGCUCUCGCCAGCGCCCCCUGCAGGCUCGCCGGCUGCUAUGCUCCAGCCUGGGCCGCAGCUCUAUGAUGUGAUGGAUGCGGUCCCAGCCAGACGGUGGAAGGAGUUCGUGCGCACGCUGGGGCUACGGGAGGCGGAAAUUGAGGCCGUGGAGGUGGAGAUCUGCCGCUUCCGAGACCAGCAGUACGAGAUGCUCAAGCGCUGGCGCCAGCAGCAGCCUGCAGGCCUGGCUGCCAUUUAUGCGGCCCUGGAGCGCAUGGGGUUGGAAGGCUGUGCCGAGGACCUGCGCAGCCGCCUGCAGCACGGCGGCCCGUGAUGAAGCCCACCAGCCUCUUUGUCACUCUAGGGACCCUUGCAGGAGCCUUAAGUAUCGUUACUUAUGCGUGUAGACAUUUUAUGUCACUUACUGACCCCCUAGCACCGUCCUGGUCCUGCGUAGCAGCGCCAGGUGGCUUCGCCCCUGCUUCCCUGCCCCACGGAGCUCCAGCUAAGGGAAGCGUCAUGGAGAAAUACUGGAAGGGGCCAAGUGACUGGUUGCACAGCUGUUUAUCAGCCUGAGUUUGGACUUGGUAUUAAAUAUUUUAAGUAGC